CACGAGGGAAGGGGCGAGAUGAAGGAUUGGUGUUUGAGGAUCCAUUGGUUAUAAAGCGAGUAAGGAAACAUGUCCCACGCCGGUUCUAAGAGAAGGAAACUGGACAAACCUGCAGAAGAUAAGCUGUAUUUUGAGAGCUAUGCAGAUGUGAGCAUCCACGAGGAAAUGAUCGCGGAUAGUGUGCGCACGGACACGUACAGGAAAGCCAUCUUUAAUAACCAGAGUGAGAUUGAAGGUAAAGUGGUGCUGGAUGUGGGGGCAGGAACCGUGCUGAGUGUGUUCUGUGCCCAGGCCGGGGCCAGGAAGGUGUAUGCAGUGGAGGCCAGCUCCAUAGCUGAUCAGGCUGAGAAGAUCAUAAAGCAGAACAAGGUAGAUAUGAUUGUGGAGGUGAUUAAAGGUGCUCUGGAGGAGGUGGACCUCCCUGAGAAGGUGGACGUGAUCGUGAGCGAGUGGAUGGGUUACGCCCUGCUCCAUGAGUCCAUGCUGAACUCGGUGAUCUCGGCCGAUCGCUGGCUCAAACCCGGAGGUCUGAUGCUCCAUAAAGCCGAGCUCUUCAUCGCGCCCGUUAACGACCUCGUCGUGGAGGAACGGCUCGGCUUCUGGAGCACGGUCAAGACCCAGUACGGCGUGGACAUGUCCUGCAUGACCGACUUCGCCGGAAGUGCAUCACGGCAGUUCGAAAUCAUCAUCAAACCCGUGACCGUCGAGGACGUCUUGUCUCACCCGGUCAAGUUCGCCGAGCUGGACCUCAACGCCGUGGGUGUGGAGCACCUGAGCUCCGUCAGGGGACGUUUUCGCUGCUUGUGCUUCGGCUCGGCCGCCUUCAACGCCUUCUGCGUGUUCUUCUCCGUCACCUUCCCCGGGUCCAGACACCCCCUGGUCCUGUCCACGUCCCCGUUCAAACCCGAGACGCACUGGAAACAAGCCGUGCUUUACCUGGACCAUGCCGUGGAGGUCAUGCAAGACACGCUGGUCGAGGGAGAUGUGAACAUGUAUCCGUCCCAGGAAGGGUCUAGACAUAUAUGCAUCCACGUGGACUACACGGUCGGGGAGGAGAAAAGGAAAUCGAAGACCUUCGCUAUUUCUGAUGGAUCUUCGUACGCUGAGUAGAUCUUAGACCGUUUGUGGUGCCUCGUGAGACCUCAAGUCUCCAGACAGCGUUGAUAAGCAACGUCAGACCCUCAGCUCUCAGACCCUCAGCGCUCAGACCCUCAGCUCUCAGACCUUCAGCUCUGAGCUUCACAGCGACGCCGAGUAAAUUAACGUCAAACGCUUUGCAUUUAUCUUCACUCACCAGUUCCUGAAGCGUGAACGUGCACCAGUGACGCGAAUGUUGGGAAAAAUACUGAUUAAAAAUCAGAUAUCACUAAAA